GAGCUUGUCGUUGUCGCAGCCGCUGUUGAAGUUGAAGGAGAUGAACUAGUUAAAGUUGAAGGAGAUGAACUUGUUAAAGUUGAAGAAGAUGAAGUUGUUGAAGUUGAAGGUGUUGACUCCGUUGAAGUUGAUGUUGACUGUGUCGAAGAAGAUGUUGUCUCUUCGUCUUCCUCAUCUUCUUCUGUAGUCGAUCAUCAGUGGCAGGCUCUUCUGUAG